GUGUGUGUGUGUGUGUUACAGUGCAGCAGGGCAGAUACAAGAUUAGACACGAUCUGUGACACACACACAGCUCAGUCUUCCUGAACAACAUGGACGGUGCCCUAAAAGCUUUGCUGCUGGCAGCCCUGAUUCUUCUGGUUUCUGCCCAGACAUCUGAUAACUACAGAAGCUUGAACGGUUUAGUGAGAAAACACGUUGACAAAGCGCUGAAAAAGGCAAACCAAGACUUUGGAACGGGUUAUCAUAUUGCUUUUCAUUCACUCAUCACAACUCCAAUGACUAGAGAGAGCAUCCUGAACGUAAAUGUCCUUCUGAAAGUCACAACAUGCAAGAAGACUUCAAAUGAUGCAUAUGAGCACCGAGAUGAAUGUAAUGAACAAAAAGAAAAAACGCCCGUGAUUGACUGUCUUGUGUGUAAGACGAAUGAUGGUAAUGAACUGGUUGACUGUGCCAAGAAGAUUGAUGUCAGUAAUCAAAAGCACACUGAAAUUCGAGGCAAAUGUAUUGAUCAUCUCACUGGAGGAUCAGACAUUUUGACGCGGUUGUCUGAGGAUAAUAAGAAGCAGAGUCGAUGUCUCGAAUGUGUGUGAAGCUGCACAAAUCACAACAGCACAAAUUAAAGGGAUAAAGGAUAUUUAAAAAAUCUAACCAUUUUUAAUCUGGGCACUGAAAUAGUUAAUAUAGUAGCAAAUAAUUAUGAAUUUUUUUUAAAUAACCACAUUUUGUUGUAUUACAAGUGAAAAGUGAUCUGAUUAAAUAGAGAAUUUGGGUUCAGGUCUUCACUGUUAUAAAAGGAAAUGUAGUGAUGGGCAAAGAUUUACUUUAUGAAACCGUGAUUACACACAUUAAUAAAUAAAGCACAUUUAAGAGGA